AUGGAACAAGUUCGAGUUGCAGUUUUCGAUUUUGCCAAUGAUGACCAAGUAGCGACAAUUGAUAAAUUAUGCACCAGUUCUCAUCACUAUGAUCUAUUAAAAACCAAGAUCAAUACCAAACCAAAGUAUUUACCAAAAAUUAUUACUUCCUUCAAUGAAUUGAAUUUAUCAAGUGAAUUACUUUCGGCAUUGAAAGAAUUUGAGCUCAAUCAAGUUGACAAACAAGUUAUUUGGCCAUUAAUUUCCUCCGAUCCACCUAUUGAUGUGUCUAUUCAAACACCAAUAUUGAGACAUCUUUGUUACUCAAUUGCCAUUUUGGAUAAAUUAUCAAAAAAUUCAACUCCUUCCCAAGAGAAUACUCAAUUGACCAUUGAAUAUAUUGUAAUACUUCCGGUUAGAGAACUAGCUCUUUCAAUUUCAUCCAUGUUGAAUCACAUUUCUCAGGAUUUGAGUGUGAAAGUGUGCACCUGUGUCAGUGGAUCGAGUUUAACUGAAAUGGCUAGACAUAUUUAUGGAGCUAAAGUUUUGGUUGGAACUGCUGGAUAUAUUUCAUAUUUGGUCAACCAGAAUUUGAUUGAUUUUUCAAAGGUUAAAAUGAUUGUAAUGGAUUUUUUGGAUUUAACUUUAGAAUAUGGUUUUAGAGAAGAUUUAGAAUUGUUAUUUGGGCAAAAUAUAAAGCAUUGUCAAUUGGUGGUAGGUUAUUCGAAACUCAAUCAAGAAGUACAAGAUUUUUGUGAUAGUUACUUGAGGAACCCAAUGCAAUUUGUGAUAAAUGACAAUAAAUGA